GCCCGAUGACGCGAAGGUGGCCAGCAUUCGUGAUUGGCCACGACCUCAGUCCGUGACUGAGAUGAGAUCUUUCUUAGGAAUGACNGAAGGGUUGAAGCCCGAUGACGCGAAGGUGGCCAGCAUUCGUGAUUGGCCACGACCUCAGUCCGUGACUGAGAUGAGAUCUUUCUUAGGAAUGACAGGCUACUACCGGACUUUUGUAAAGAAGUAUAGCAUAGUGGCCGCUCCUUUGACUGAUCUGACCCGCCUUGACACCCCUUGGGAGUGGACAGAUGAGUGCGAGGCUGCUUUCAGAUAUCUAAAGCAUGCAUUGACGCACUAUGAAGUCUUGAAGCUACCCGAUCCUGAUAAGCCAUUUAUAGUAACCACGGAUGCUAACCAAUAUGGCAUUGGCGCCGUGCUUGCGCAGCAGGAUGGGCCAAAGUUGAGGCCAGUCGAGUACAUGUCAAAGAAGAUGCCGUCUCAGAAGUUGGCAAAGUCCACCUAUGAGAAGGAACUCUACGCCAUGUACAAGGCUCUAACCCAUUGGAGGCACUAUCUCCUUGGGAGGUUCUUCAUCCUUAGGACUGAUCAUCAGACCUUGAGAUGGAUGAGAACGCAGCCAGUACUUUCCGACGCCCUGAAGCAUUGGAUCGAGGUCAUUGAGCAGUAUGACUUCGACCCCCAGUAUUUAAAAGGGGAGUACAACAAGGUGGCUAAUGCCUUGUCGCGUAGACCUGAUUUCUCAGGUGCGCUGAUUACUAAGUUCGAGUUAAACGACGACGUGUCUCGAUCAUUGGUCGAGGCCUAUCGAGAAGAUCAGUUUAUGACAGAGAUCAUCCGCAGACUCGAGGCGAAGGACAAACAGACUUCAGCUGAGUUUGAGAUGGUCAAUGGCAUGCUGUUUCUCGAGAAGGAGGGGAAUAAACGAUUGUGUGUCCCUAGUAGCGAGUCUUUGCAUAGUUUAUUUUUAGGAGAGUGUCAUGAUGCCACCGGCCAUUUUGGGUUCAAAAAGACCGCAGCCAAUUUGCUGCAGAGGUUUUGGUGGCCCACGAUGAUGAAAGAUGCCAAGUUGUAUGUGGAGACUUGUCAAGUUUGCCAACGAGACAAGCCUCGUACUCAGGCUCCUCUGGGGCUGAUCAAGCCCCUUCCGAUUCCGGAGAGGCCGGGUGAGAGCCUGUCCAUGGACUUCAUGGAUACGCUAGUCACCAGCAAGAGUGGGAUGAGGCAGAUCUUUGUCAUCGUGGAUAGGUUUAGUAAGUUUGCUAGGCUAGUAGCAAUGCCUGAGACAGCAAAGACUGAGUACGUGAUUAAGAUGUUCAAAGAAAAUUGGGUGAGAGAUUUCGGAUUGCCCAAGUCUAUUGUAAGCGAUCGAGAUGUCAGGUUUACAAGCGAGUUAUGGAAGGCCGCUGCAGCCGAACAGGGAACUCAACUGCAGAUGACUUCUGAGAAUCAUCCCGAAGCCAACGGCCAGGCCGAACAGAUGAACUGCGCUGUGCAACACCUGUUGAGGCAUUAUAUCAAGCCCAACCAGGUGGACUGGGACGAAAAGCUCGCACUUGUCGCCAAUCUGUACAAUAACGCUGUACACAGCGCUACAGGGGUCGACAACCUCUACUCCGGCGUCCAUCAACGGAGUCGGUACUGCAGUGUGCAAGUAAUCUCGCAGUUGUGCCAUGAGCACAUUGCAAUGCGGUUUCGGCAAUCGUCCGGUCGGGGGAACGGGCAUCCACUGGAAGUCCGUGAACGUCAGAGGGUCGAGUACCUCAAGUCUUGACCACGACGAUGAAUCCCCGGCGAUAGAUGGCGGCGAAGCUCCCGAAU